UUGCUUCCCGCAGUUUAUUAUACGUUCCGGGGCCAAGCUAAUUGCUUGUAUGGUGUCGUCAGGAAAUUGAUCAGAUCAGGGUGAGUCACCUGGCUGGCCAGUGGCUCUCGGAAGGAUUCUGCACGCGUGACUUCGUUACAUUAUUGCAAACCGUGGCAGGACCGACCUGCGAGCCACCUCGGCAGAUGUUCACUCGUGAUGCUGCCUUAAGGAGAUGAGAUGAGAGCGAACUGCUCCAACGGCUCCGCCUGCCCUGCGAACGGUUCACAGGAGCUGCCGGUGGCGCUGCUGCCGCCGGGGAACCUGAGGCUGGUCUUCACCGUGGUGUCCGCCGUGAUGAUGGGCCUGAUCAUGUUCUCGCUGGGGUGCUCCGUGGAGGUCCGGAAGCUGUGGUCGCACAUCAGGAGGCCCUGGGGCAUUGCUGUGGGGCUGCUCUGCCAGUUCGGGCUCAUGCCUCUUAUAGCCUAUCUCCUGGCCAUCAGCUUUUCUCUGAAGACAGCCCAAGCUAUUGCUGUUCUUAUCAUGGGCUGCUGCCCGGGGGGAGCCAGCUCCAACAUCCUUACCUUCUGGGUUGAUGGAGAUAUGGAUCUCAGCAUCAGUAUGACAACCUGUUCCACGGUGGCUGCCCUGGGGAUGAUGCCACUCUGCCUUUAUCUCUACACCUUGUCCUGGAAUUAUGAGAAGAAUUAUUUCACCAUUCCGUAUCAGAACAUAGGAAUCUCCCUCGUGUGCCUGACCAUCCCUGUGGCCUUCGGUGUCUAUGUGAAUUACAGGUGCCCCAAACAAUCCAAAAUCAUUCUCAAGAUUGGGGCCAUCAUUGGUGGGCUCCUCCUUUUGGUGGUCACAGUUGCUGGUGUGGUGCUUUCGAGAGAGUCUUGGAAUCCAGACAUCACGCUCCUGACCAUCAGUUUCAUCUUUCCCCUGAUUGGCUACAUCGCAGGCUUUCUGCUGGCACUGCUUACCCACCACUCUUGGCAGAGGUGCAGGACAAUUUCCUUAGAAACUGGAGCUCAGAAUAUUCAGAUGUGCCUCACCAUGCUCCAGUUAUCUUUCAGUACCCAGCAGCUGGUCCAGAUGAUUAGCUUCCCAUUGACCUAUGGACUCUUCCAGAUGUUGGAUGGAAUUCUCAUUGUUGCAGCAUAUAAGUUGUACAAGAGGAGAUUGAAGAAUAAACACAGAGAAAAGCCGGGUUGUGCAGAAGGCUGCCGUGACAAGAGAUCCACCUCUCCCAAAGAGACCAGCGCCUUCUUGGAGGUGAAUGAAGAAGUCGCUGUCACUCCUGGCUCGUCAGAGCCGACGGCUUCCCACGCAGCUCUCGAGCCGACGGGCCGCGUCUCUUCAUGCGCACAGUAGGGGCUUGCUGGCCUCCGCAGCCAGUAAAGAUAGUGCAGGGCUGACGCACUGUCUUUGUGUGGAUUGUAAGUUGUCUGAGGAUCCCUUUUUGAGAAUGUAUUCUGCCUAUUUCAGGGAGUCCUUUUGGGGUUUACUAGCUGCCCUGCUCUCCCCUUUGGCGCAGUGAAGGGUAGUGCCCAUCGCUGUGUGAAGUCGCCCUCACGUUGUGGAUUUUAACCUCACGAGAGGAGGGACUCUGCAGCGAUGUCAUCUCAUGCUUCAGGGUAAGGACAAUCUGAACUCACACUUUGGGAAGGUCCUUUGGAACACUGGGGAGGAAGCAUACUGCUUUUAUUUAAAAAAAUGGGGCCUUUUCUCAAAUGACUGUUCAUUUGUAACAGCUUGAAAGUCUUUUUGGAUUAUGGAUGUAAUACAUAUUUCGAGGAAAUUUAACGAACAUUUGAGGUUAAAAGGUGAAUGCCCCAUAUUUUCACUCCCCAGUGACAGGCUCUUGUAUAUCCUUCUAAUUUUUGUUUACACGUUAUGUCACUAAAAACAUUGGGACUACCCCGUAUAUGCUGCUUCGUAAGUCACCUAAUGACGCGCUAUGGAGCACCUUCACGUCAGUCUGGUUCACCUUACCUCGUGCUUUGGAACAGUGGCUUCGUAGAAGUAUUUCACUGCAGGGAAGGGCUAGUUUACGUAACCCUUCCUUAUUCACGGACAUUCAGAGAGCUUUCAAGUAUUGGUAUUGCGAUGCUGCUACAAACGCUGUGCCCUGCCGCGAGCGUCUCUGUAGGAUCACUUCCUAAACUUGAAUCGCCAGGCCAAUUGCGCAUUAAAACGUUGGCGGGUUGCUCCCCCGCAACGCUGUGUGCAGAGCAGUGCCCGACAGGGCCUGGUUUCCCACAGUCGGACCAGCUAAAGGAUCAUCAAUUUUGUUUUGUGAAAAUAUCCCACUUAAAACUGCAUUUAAAAAAUUAUGAGUAAAGGAUUUUUUCAUGACCACUUGCCUAUUCUUGUCCUUUGCCUUCUUUUUAAUUUUUUCCUUUUUUGAUUGAUAUAUUAUGGAGAGUGACCCUUUGCCCUAUGUUUUAUCUUUUUUUUUUUCUAUAAUGUCUUUUGCUGAACAGGAGUUUUAGAUUUUUUACAUACUUAGCCAUAUUAGUCUUUUAAAAUAUGUUUUUGAUCUUGAUAUCUAUCCAUUGUUAGAACACUUAUAUUUUUAUGUGGAUUGUGAACUGUGAAAGGAUUCCUUUGUGAGAAUGUAUUUGCCCCUUUUCGGGAGAUCUUGGGGGUCUCCACGACGUGCUUACGAGCUGCUGUGUGUACUGCCUGGCACUGUAAAACCCCUCCCCUCCUCCAUCCUUACAUUAAAAAUAUGUCCCAUAUGC